CUCCCACCGUUCCGCCUGAUGAGGCUCCUGGCUGCAAGCCAUGCGCUUCCAGGCAAGGCCGGCGCUGCUUGGCCUACUGAGGGUUCAAAUCUUGCCCCUUCCAAGCGAGCCUCCAGAACGAGCCCUCCUGUGCCCCAGCCCAGUGUCACAUGGGCAUGAGGCUGUUGUCUAUGGUGGGAGGAAGGGGACCCCCGACCUUGGGGAGCACCAGGGCAGGAGGGCAUCCAGGCUGGACUUGGAAAAGGAAUGACCAGGCAGCUGGCCCUAAGAUGGAGCCUCAGGCCUGCCCUAGCAAGUGCUGAUGGGAAGGAGCCACCCCCCAUCCCACCCAGGACAGAAAGGACUCCUGAUGCUGCGUCCCACCCCACCCAGGGCAUAGGGGGCUCCUGAUGCUGCCUCCCACCCCACCCAGGGCAAAGGGGGGCUUCUGAUGCUGCCACCCCAGGGCAGAGGGGCCUCCUGAUGCUGACCCCCCACCCCAGUGGAUUCCUGGAUAUGCAGGGUCUCUGGCGUCCAUGGGAAGAGAUGCUUCGCAACAGACAUAAACCCAGCUUGCUUGUUUUCACAGACCAUUUGAUCCUCAAGGAUUGCAGGGCACAGGGAAGGGGACGGGACCCUGGCCAGACCUGGAGGGGAUGGGCCAGAACUGAAGCAAGGGGAGCCAGGCCAGAGGUCCCUGCAGGAAUGUUUGGGGGCAAGCCCAGAGGCUGUGAAGUCUGAGCCCGCCCACUCUCCCAACUACCAGCAGGGCGAUGGGCAGCUAUGAAGGGGUGGUGGGGAGACUGGGCUGGAUGUGCACGCUGGCUUGUUGGGGGAGAAGGCUCCACCAGAUGCGUUGUGCUUAUGGGUGCAAUGGGGGCAGUCGCUAUCUGGGCUACUCUGGGCUCCUCCCCACGUGUCUGCACCAGUAGACCUUGUAAAGUUGUGAAGGGGUGUGGCUGUGUGUCUAUCGGAGUGUGGAUGGUUGGUGCUGGUGUUGAGGGCUGUGACUUGGGUAUGUUGUGAGUAAGGGGUGUGAUGACCGUGUCCCAGAAUGUCCAGUGGUAUAACUGGCGGUUUCUGGUGGCAUGGAGUGAGGGUGUCGUGUCUCAGGGUAUUUGGGGUGUUAAGUAUGGCUGUUGCUGUUUCUGGGAGGGGUGAUCAGCUAGGUCUCGGGGUUCAGGGUUGUGAGCAUGUGUCUCAGUGUUGCUGUUCCUGGUAUAGUGUGGCCAGCUAGGUGUUAGGGGUCAGGGACGUGAGCCUUAUGUCUCAGAGUUGCUUUUUCUGGCAAGGAGGUGACUGGCUAGGUCUUGGAGUAUUCAGAGGUGAGGCACUCAUCAUAUGUUGGGUGUGUGAAGUGUACUUUGGGGACCUGUGUUGGAUUAAAGGGUGUGUCCAGAUGGCAUAGAGGGUGGCAGGGGCCUGGCUCAGAGAUAAGGGAUACAACUGUGUCUCCAUGCUAGGCGACUUUUGCAGUGCUAAGGGGGGGUGCGUUUCUGGGUGAUGAGGGAAGUGGCUGCCCUGGUGUCUCUGGUGUUAGUUGGACACUGGCCUCGGUUCCAUGCUGGGGGUGAGGCAGUCUCAGUGAGUUUGGGGAAUGGCACCAGACCUGAGGCAUUGAGAAUAGUGCUGACAGGUGACUGCACCCAGGUCUCAGGGUGUGAGACUGUAUGUGUACCCCAGGGGCGUGACCCUACUUCUAGGGCUAGGUGGUGAGGCAGUGUCUCCAGGAUUAAGGGUGUGGCUGUUGCCUUGGCUUCAGGCCAUGUGCCCCAGGAGCUCGUCAGUGCAUCCUAAAGUGGAACCUAGGAACUGGUGGAGCCAUCGAGGGGGAAAAGAUCCCUUGAGAAGCCAGGCCACUUGGCUCCUGUCCCCCUUCGGCCUCCUCACUCCUCCCCCUCCAGGGUAUGACUCGCUGGGCCCUGGCCUGGGUUUAAGCCCCUGUAUAAAUAGUGGGUGGAUCCCCUAGCCAGGCUGGGCCUGACCCAAGGCACCAGGUUUCACUCAAGGCACUGCCUGCCUUCUUCCACUCACUCCAAUAUCCAUGAAGGCUCCAUGGGGUGGGGGAGAAGCAGGGGGGGUCCCACUGCCCAUGGGCGGGGUUGGCCCCCAACCCUACAGCUCCCCUAAGGGUGGUAGCACUCGCCGAAGCCGUCCAGGACCGCCUCAGGCAACGCUCACAUUUUCCAGUGUUUAGAUUUUAUCCACUUUAUUAAUGAGGCAACUGAGAAGCCCAGCCUGCAGGAGGAGGGGGCUGACCCUGCCCUGCUGGGGGAGGCGGUCCUAGGGGCCAAGCCAACUCAUGGGGGAGGUGGGACCCGGAGAGGGCUGUACUCAUUGCCAGAACAACAGAGAGGGGGUCUCUGCCAUCCCAGCCCCCAGCAAGAGCCAGGCGGGGAACAGCCCCUAGAGGGCGGGGCGGCAGGAGGAGGCAGGGAGCAGAGGAGCCGCCCCAGAGGGAGGGAGGAAAGGAAGGAGGGAGAGAGGGAGGGAGCGGCCUGUUGAGAGCCAGGGUUGUGCAGCAAGCAAGCAGCAAGAGCUGUGUGGCAGGCGAUGGGGACCCGGGGUCCCAAGAAGCGCUGGGUAAGAGGCUGGGGUGCAGGACCUCAGGUGGGGGAAGAGGGCAUGAAAGGAUGGGAGCAGCGCUACCUCUGCCUGUCUAUCCUGGGUUCCUAGGCUCUCAGCCCCAUCUGUCUCUGUUGGUCUUACAGUCUGUCCGCCCUCCCUGCUGGUCUGACUCACCACCAGGGUAGGGAGGAUUGGACUGUCCUGGGUCAGCUUUGAGGCCUCCAGGGCCCAGGCAUGCAGAGGACAGGAAUGAAACUGGGCAUCCAAGGUGAUGGCAUGGUGGUCAGGAGCAGGGCUUGUUUAAGAGAUAGUCAUGGAGCAAGAGACGGGGUCGUGGGGGCAGAGAGCUGUGGGGGAAAGAGACAUGGCCAUGGGGACAGAGCUGUGCCUGGGGGACACAAAAGGUGCCAUGGGGACAGAGAUGUGGCUGAAAGGGAUAGAGAUUAGACCACAGCAGACAGAGGUCCAUGGAGUCAGACAUGGGGCUGUGAGGACAGAGAUUUAGUCAUGGGGACAGAGAUGUGGCUGAGGGGACAAAAAUGGGGCCAUGGGAUCAGAGACAUGGCCAUGGGGACAGAGAUGAGGGGACAGAAAUGGGGCUCUGAGAACAGAGACAUCAUCGGGGGACAGAGAUGUGGCUGACAGGGAUAGAAAUGUCAUGGGGACAGAUGUGGCUGAGGGGACAGAGAUGGGGCUGGGGGGACAGAGGGGUGUAGGGGCAGAGAUGUAACUGAGGGGACAGAUACGGGGCUGUGGGGACAGAGGCACAGUCAUGGGGUCAGAGAUGCAGCUGAGGGGAUGGGAACAUGUGUGGCCAUGGGAACAGAGACAUGGCAGAAUGAGAUAGAGACAGUGCUGUGAGUCGGGCAGUGAGCUUCAAGGAUGGGACUGGAGUGUAGAUGAUGUGGAGAAGGUCAGAGACGGGGCAGUGGGGUUGAGUGGGUCCCUGAAGCCAGAAAUGGGUCCGUGGUGGUAAUAAGGAGGAGAUGAGGAGCAGAGACACAGAGAGAUGGAGCUCUGGAAUUUGCGAAAGGAGCUGAGAGGGACAGAGCAGGGGUGCAGUGGAGGGCAGAGAGGGGUGGUGAGAGACAGAGGAGGAGGAGGGGCUCAGGAGCCGGGCAGUGCGGAUCUUUUAGAAUUACCACCGGCAGAGGGGCCGCGCAGGAACGCCAUGUGGUCAAAUGGGCCCUGAACCUGACAGACACUGAUGGAGUCUCCAGCUGGUUCCAACAGGAGUGGCAGCGCUGUGCCCCUUGGCUGCCUCACCUUGACCUCCUUUCCUCUUCCCAGCCCUCUGGAACCUGACAUGGGCCCCUGCGGGCCCUUCAACCUGACCCUGGUCAGCGAAGCGACCACGUGCGCGGCACCCGGGGCUCCCAACACAUCCGUCGCGCAGCCGUCGGGGCGUCCGGGCAGGUCGCCGGCGCUGCCCAUCUUCUCCAUGACACUGGGCGCUGUGUCCAACAUGCUGGCGCUGGCGCUACUGGCGCAGGCCGCGGGUCGUCUGCGGCGCCGCCGCUCUGCCGCCAUCUUCCUGCUGUUCGUCGCCAGCCUGCUGGCCACCGACCUGGCGGGCCACGUGAUCCCGGGCGCGCUGGUGCUGCGCCUGUACGCAGCAGGCCGAUCGCCGGCCGGCGGCGCCUGCCACUUCCUUGGCGGCUGCAUGGUCUUCUUCGGCCUGUGCCCCCUGCUGCUGGGCUGCGGCAUGGCCGUGGAGCGCUGCGUGGGUGUCACACGGCCGCUGCUGCACGCGGCGCGCGUCUCCACGGCCCGUGCGCGCCUGGCGCUCGCCGCGUUGGCUGCUGUGGCCCUGGCGGUUGCGCUGCUGCCGCUGGCGCGCGUGGGUCGCUACGAGCUGCAGUACCCGGGCACCUGGUGCUUCAUCGGCCUGGGCCCAGCGGGCGACUGGCGCCAGGCGCUGCUCGCCAGCCUGUUCGCCGGCCUCGGCCUGGCCGCGCUGCUUGCGGCGCUAGUGUGCAACACGCUCAGCGGCUUGACCCUGCUGCGCGCCCGUUGGCGCCGCCGCUCUCGACGGCGCCCACCGGCCGCAAGCCCAGAUGGCCUCCGCGGCCGCCGCCGCUGGGGGGCGCGCUCGGCCUCCUCCUCGUCUGCCUCGUCCCUCGCCUCUGCCUCCGGCGCCCCCAGCGGCUCCCCGGGAAGCGGCUCGACGCGCAGAGCCCGAGCCCACGACGUGGAGAUGGUGGGCCAGCUAGUGGGCAUCAUGAUGGUGUCGUGCAUCUGCUGGAGCCCGCUGCUGGUGUUGGUGGUGCUGGCCGUCGGGGGCUGGGGCCCCAGCUCCUUGCAGCGGCAGCUGUUUCUGGCCGUGCGCCUGGCCUCCUGGAACCAGAUCCUGGACCCCUGGGUGUACAUCCUGCUGCGCCAGGCCGUGCUGCGCCAGCUGCUUCGUCUCCUGCCCCCGAGGGCGGGCACCAAGGGCGGCCACGUCGGGCUCGGCUUGACCCGGAGUGCCUGGGAAAUCAGCUCGCUGCGCAGCUCCCGGCACAGUGGCCUAGGCCAAUUCUAGACGCUCCCUGAGGCUUUUCGGCUAAGUCAGACCAUCCCGGGCCGGGCACGCGGCGCGGAGCCUUCAGGGAAUAAAGCCACUUUGCAGACGAGCCCAGCGCGACGUGUCCCGUUGGGGCUACAGCGCCGACUGCGGCCUCGCAGGGGCGGCUGAGGCGCCCGUUCGUCGCUGGGACAGGUGCGGUUCCGGCACUGACCACGCGGGGGCGUACACACCGAUGUUCUGUCUUCAGGCGGCAGGUGCCCGGCCCGCCGAGCUAGAGCCCCAGGAUCAUUCACAGAACGUCGUCGCCGCUGCGCUGAGCACAGGCUCAGCUAGACUCAGAGCUAGAGUGGGUGGGGGCGCUGCUUGUUCCUCCUACUGCCAGGACGGACUCUCUCAACCAUUCUGUCCAUCACGGCCCUGAGCUACCCCACCACAGACCCAAGUCCCUCCACUGCCACCUGCCCACGAGCCCCUACUACGGCCACCCUCCUCCUAACAAUCCUGUGUCUUCACCCUUCCUUGGUACCUUCAAAUGUUCCCCCACCUUAGCCCUGAGCGCCUCCCCAGCACUCCCUACACGCCUUGCCACCCCGCCCCCCCCCCACCAAUUCUCUCCACU